AAUCACAAACAUUUCAAGAAAGUGAUCGAUGUCGACCUUGGAAUCUCCAUUAGAGGCGUUGGCUUUUGAAUACGCUAGCUUCGGUGUUUUCGCCGUCGUCAACAACGUCUGGACAUGGAUCGCCGUCGUGACCGCCGCCGUCAGCUUCUGGAGGAUCAGAGUCACCACCAUCGGAGUCGGAGACGGCCAUGCAUGUGUCUUGGUAGAGGAAUUAACUGGUUCUGAAAACGAAUCCGGUCGUCUCGAACCGAAAUCAAUAACCGGUCCGGUUAAAGAAACGGUUGCUAGAGUGAAGGAAACGGUUACGAGAACGGAGGUUUACGCGCCGCAAUCAAUAACCGGUCCGGUUGAAGAAACGGUUGGCGCUAGAGUGAAGGAAACGGUUACAAAAACGGAGCCGUUAAUGUAUGAUGACGGAGUGACCAAAGGGAAGUUGACGAUGUACUAUGAGGUAGACGUUGAUGUUGACGGUGAGAGGUGUGUUGACGGAGAGUUAACGGCCGUUAGCUACGGAGGAGGUUUGGGUAAUUGUGGCGGUGAGUGGUGGGAGAAAUGGGAAAGAGUGGUGAGGAUGAGAAAUGGUGAUGACGGUUGGUAUCGUUACGUGGAUUUAACGGUGAUAAACGGAAAUGUUGUGAGGUUAUGGGAUGACACCAGAGCUAGUAACGGCGGCAGGUGUCUAAAUUAGAGGAUAAUCCUAUUUCGGAAACUUUGAAGUUUUUAAUCUUGAGAAACUUUCUUGGUUUAAAGUGUAUUUUUUGGUUGAUUAAGUUGUAAUUUGUAAAUAAUUUUCACACAAAGACCAGGAAGGAACACUUGAACAAGAAGAAAAUCAAUAUCAAUUGUUGUU